AUGGUAGUAGCUGUAGGUGACACGGGGGUGGUGGACACCCUGGAGGCACGGCUGGAAAACGCGAGGAGGAAGCACGAGGCCAACGAGUAUGGCGACCUGCCGUGGGCGGUCGUCGAGGCUGGCAUCCGUUCCUUGUGGGCGACGGAGCACCCUUCUCGGCCUGCUUCUCCUCGACUGGUGAACACCGAGGGCGGCGUCGACAUGGGCGUCAACGCUGGAGGCGACCAAGUCGGCAGCAGUGCGGGAGGCACGUCGAGGCAGCGUGGUGUGAUUCACGCCAACGAAGUCGGCGGCGUUCAGACGCGAGGAAUGCGGUCGUCGGCGGCUGCAGGGUUCUCGCAGGGCGACGUCGGAGGUCGACGGAGUGGGUCCGUGCCGAUGUCGGCAACCCAGGUGACAGCAGGCGGGAUUGCACCGAGCUACGGCUACUUCAAGUUUACGCCGGAUAGGAUCUCGGUGACUCCCCUACUGGUCGGCCGACCCGACAUUCUCACCUGGAAGGAAGCUAUUGAGCCCCAGCUGGAGAUGGCCGGGCUCAUCAACUUUGCUCGUGGUACCGUGGCGACGCCGAGCGACCCCGACUUGCGUGCGGAGUUUCGCGCCGUGCAGCUGCUGACCUUCACGGUCAUCUCGCGGUGCUGCACGCCGGGCGUGCAGAUCGCCCUGAAGUGGUGCAGGGAGUACCUCGACGCCGGCCACCAGGCGUGGCACUUCAUUGAGUCGACGUACCAGGUCACCGACGACCUGUUUAUCGCCCAGCUUGAAGGGCAGCUGACGCACCUGCGCAUGGGCGACGAGGAGACGGCGACCGACUACUGCAACCGGGCCCGGCGAAUUCUCGCCACCAUCAGGAUGGCCGGUGCGGAGUAUUCGACGGCGUCGUACAUCACCCAUGUCAUGCAGGGACUCCGGAGCAGCUACAACCUGUUGAAGCGGCUGUCCAUGGCGCCGAGCACGAGGGCGACGCUCAACGAGGACAACCUAACCUCGUACAUCCUGCAGGACGAGGCGAUGCAGGAGGCUGAGCGGUCCCAGGAGCUCUUGGCGCAGGCAAACUUUGUCGCCCCGGCGAAGCAAGGCGGUCGACCGGGGCAGCGUGGACAGUCUGGCGGCAGUGGUAGCGGUGGCUCGAAGUCGGCCAAGGAGGUCGACAAGAAGAAGUCGACCAAGGACAGUGGCCGGGGAGGAGGAAGUCGACGUCGGGAGUGCUGGCUGUGUGGCGACCCCGAUCACCUCUCCUUCGAGUGCCCCGACCGCAGUGACUCGGACGACGACGACAAGGGAGGCCGCGGGAGGUCUGGCAGUCGUCGAUCUCGUCGAGGAGGAAGUCAGCCGCGCAAGGAGAAGCAGUCGACCAAGUCGUCCACCUCGGCGAAGGACGCCGACCCCUCUCCUAGCGGCAAGGGGAGCAACGACAAGUCGGCGUCGUGCUCCCUGGUCGGCGUUGUGGAGCCGACCGUCUCACUGGCGCCGGAGGCUGGUGAGGAUUUCCAGGCGAUGGCAGCAGCAGUGCAGGCGAACCCGGCGGUGGUCUUGCUGGACAGCGGCUGCUCCCACCACCUGAUGGGGACCAAGGACGCCUUCGUCGACCUGGGGCCGAGCGGCGACUUGAAGCACGUGCGUGGCUUCAAUGGGGCGCUGCAAGACGUCCAGGGCCGGGGCACGGUUGCGUUGCAAGGCGAGGCCGGGAAGCAGGUUCUCAUCCCCGACGUGCUGUACGUCCCGGGUGUGCGGGCAAACCUGUUGUCGUCUGGUCAGCUGAAGGAGCAUGGCGUGAAGUUUCAAGAGGACGGCGACAGGAUGCUGCUUGUCUCGGCAGCAGGAGAGGUGCUUGGUCGGGCGACGUACUCCGGGCGAGUCCUCUGCACCGACCUGCGUCCCUGCUCACCGAGGUCGACGUCGCCCACGCCGGAGGUUGUGGCCCUGCGGGCGAUCGUCUCCAAGACGAAGUCGACGCCAGACAGGAUGCAUGCUCGGCUUGCGCACGUCGGCAUGGACACCAUCAGGAGCUCGGCGAAGAACGAGGUCGCCAUUGGGCUGGACCUCAAGUCGGCGACGGGCGCCGACCCACCGUGUGUCUCGUGCGUCGGCGGGAAGCUGGCGCGGCACACCUUCCCCGACCAAGGCUCCGACGCCGCCGACGUGCUAGCCGUCGUCCACAUCGACCUGUGUGGGCCAUUCCGCGUGGCUGCCAAGGACGGUAGCCUGUACUUCUUGCUGCUGAAGGACCGCAAGACCCGCUUCGUGUGGGUGAGGCCAGUCGCCAAGAAGUCGGACGUGCUGCUGGAGUUCCAGAAGUGGCUGGUGCUGGUGGAGAGGCAGACGGAGAAGUCGGUGCUGAUGCUGCGCUCGGACCGAGGCGGGGAGUUCCUCGGGACGACGUUCACCGACUUCGUGGACGGCAAAGGGAUCGUCCACGACUUGACCUGCCCGUACACCCCGCAGCAGAACGGCAUGGCGGAGCGGGAGAUGCGGACGGUGGUGGAGUCGGUGAGGACGAUGCUACUGCACAUGGGCGUGCAGCACCACUGGUGGCACCUCGCCCUGCGGCAGGCCGUCUGGAUCCGCAACUGCCUCGAGCGGUCGGCGACGCCGGGGACGACGCCAUACCAGCUACUGACCGGGACGAAGCCCGACUUGUCGCUGGCGCGCGUGUGGGGCUGCAUGGCGCAGUUCCUCGUCCCCGAGCAGCAGCGGGGUGGCAAGCUGAAGCCGAAGGCCAAGUGGGGCCUUCAUCUCGGCGUGUCGGAGGCGAGCAAGGGCUGGGAGCUCCUCGACAUCGCCGCCAACCGGGUGGUCACCACGUCGGACGUGGUGUUCUACGAGGACCUGUCGCUGGAGGAGUGGAGGUCGGCGCAUGGCCCCGUGGCAGUUCCUUGA